GGCGACAAGAAGGGAAUAAGCUGGAAAUGAUUUUCACGUCGUUGUCUGCUAUUUAUGUUGAUUGUACUGAAAUAAUAUAUAAGAUUAGUUUUCGGGAUAAUGUAAAUGUUUCUGAACGUGCAAGUUGUUCAAGAAAGCAGUUCUAAUUUGGCGUAGUGGGUCAAAGGUUAGUCAUCCGGGUAGUUCAAGCAACGCAUCAUCAAAAUGGCGGAUACCGGUGUUGAUUUGAAGAAGUUGAAGGUUCCUGAGCUCAGGAAACUUCUCCAAGACAAGGGACUUGACAGCAAAGGUAAUAAAGCUGAAUUAGUACAAAGACUUCAAAGCAGCCUUGAUCAAAAUGGUGAUGCAGGUAUCAGUAUACUUGAUGAAGGUAGUACAGAAGAGGACGAUGAAGUCUUAGAGGAUGACGAUGUAGUGGAGGUGGAGGAUGACGACGAUGACAUAGAAGAUGAUGAAAUAGAAGAGAUAGUGAAAAAGGAAGAAGUGGUGAUAGCAGCUGAACCAAAAAAAACAGAAAAUACAGAGAUAGUGUCAACAGAAACAAAAGAAAAACCCAAAUUAAUAAGAUUAUCAAUAGAUGCACCACCAAAAUCCCCCACGUCACCAACUAUUAAACCUGUCAUUUCACCAACCUUGAAAACCACUACAGAGCAAGAAAGAAUUGCUAUUCGUGCACAAAGAUUUGGAGCCCAGUCUGAAGAUGCUAGGAAAGCUGCCAGAGCUGCACGAUUUGGUACCACAUCACCAGUGUCAAAGUCAACUACUACCACCACCUCAGCAAUAAAAUCAGGGUCAACGAUAGUAUCAGGUGCUGAUUUAGACAAAAUAAAGAAAAGAGCUGAAAGGUUUGGUGUCAAUGUUUCAAAGACAGCAGUUAAACUCAAUGAAGUAGAACAGAAAAGGAAAAGACAAGAAAGAUUUGGUGCAGUUCUGUCAUCUUCAUCAAAACUUUCAUCCGGUGUUAUAGCAGGUGAUAUUGAGGCCAAAAAACAGAAAAGAGCAGAAAGAUUUGGCACAAAUAGCUAGAGGACAUUUAUUUAUUAUUUUUACACCGUGCAACAUGGGAUAAUCAUGUCUAAAUUUGAGGGAUACACAUUCCAACAAUAUGCUGAGUGUAACAGCUGUAGGCAUUCUGGUAUUCAACCAAGAAUCAACAGAAUGUUGGACUUUGUAUUGUUUUUAAAGUAUCAAACAAAUCUGACUAUACUGUUUAUUUUCUCAUAUCCAUCAAUACAUUUAAUACAUUUAACACAAUCACUUGUCUUAGUUCUCAUUGAUUUUGGUGGCUUUGUUGGAGAGUUCAAAUUCUCGUCUUGAAUUUUCAUGUUACCUGUGAUGGAUUACAAUUACAUGCAUCAUGUAUUAAGCAUGCAAAGCUUUGAUAGCUGCUGCUAUUUUAUUUCUGUCAUGUCUACAAUUCUAAAAUUGAUCACAUUUAACUUUUUGACUCAUGGAAAACUAAGAAAUACAUUUUUUCAUCUUUAUCAGAUGAUUCUCUUACUUUGUAUCUCUUCAUGUUAUUUUUGAAUUAGGAUUUAAUAUGCCCUGUUCUAUGCAUUAGUUAUUAUCAUUUUGAUUAACUAUUAGACUAGUUCUUGUGUAUUUUAUAUAUUUUGCUAAAUUAAUUUUGUUCACUUCUAAAUCAAACUUAAUUUUACUUUAAAUGAUCAUUUGCAAUCGCGCAAUGCUUGUGUAUAAACAUAAGCAAAUGUCUCCUCUGCUUCUAUGCCUUGCUAUGACACAUUCAUUGUGGUAGAUCAGAUCACAUGCUUGUCUGACAGUAAAAAUUAAGUUUUGCAGUAGUACAGGAUCACACAGAUCGUGGACAACCAAAUAUCACUGAAGUGCACAGGGAUGUAAAUAGAUAUCUUUUCACAUAAUCUCAACAUGGAUUUCAGUGGAAGAGUAAAGUUUUAUGAAAUCAUUCUAUUCUAUUCUGUAGUCUUAAACUCUUCUCAAUCUAUGUAUUUUCAUUCAUAUUAAAAAAAGGUUUUACAUUUCUAUGAUGUGCUAUAGUUUUAUGAUUUAUUUCAUUCAUGUUUCAAACGUUCGACUCAAAUACCCAAAUGUUGCAAUCCAGCCACAUUUAUUAAUGCCUAGAGGUCAACUAGAUGUACAUGUGAGUAGAGGUGAUUGGACAUGCGCAGUAGGGCAAUGUGCAGUAAAACAAAAUUAGUUGCCACAGUCAUAAAAAAUGUGAGCUGGCUGGAGCCUUCAUCCCUUGUCUAUUUCUUACACUAGAUACCAGCCGAUAACCCCCCCCCCCCACUUCACCUGCUCAUAGGGACUUCGUACAGUUGAUCAUACCGGUAGUUCCUGGGCUCCCUGUGGUCAUAUCAAUCAUUCGUUUUUGUGACCAAUCUGUAUUUACUUCAAGAUCAGUUUGUCAAAUAAAAUUUUCUCAUUAAACUAACUU